AUGAAGAACGGCGUUGGCCUUCCCCAAGAGAUCGUCACGGACAUACUCUCUCGACUCCCUGCAAACUCCAUCGGCCAGUUCAGAUGUAUAUCUAUGCUAUGGCGGUCUCAACUCUCAUCCCCAGAGCUCAUCAAAGCACACCUCAACCGAAACACCCACUAUGAAAAACUCAUCCUCAUCUCUUGCAACCACUCUCUCUUCUCCCUCACCUUGAACAACAAUCCACUUGAGUCUGAUUCAGUUGCAACGAAGCUUAAUUUUCAAGAAUCCAAUAACUGGGGCGAGGUCGUUGGUUCCUGUAAUGACUUGCUCUUAGUGAUCAACGGAGAAGAUAAAAAGUUUCUGCUAAAACCAACAACAAGAGAGUCCAAGAAAUUGCCUGACUCGUCGUUUGCUCUUGACCCUUUUGCUAGUUUCAUCAUGUAUGGACUUGGUUUUGAUUCAUCGAUCGAUGAUUACAAGGUAGUGACACUUUCUUCCAAUGACACAGAUAAUGAACACGAACCUGAUUGCACAAAUAUGUUUGAGAAUGUUUACUCACUAAAAUCAAACAGUUGGAAGAGAGUUCAAAAUUCCCCUUACGAUCAUGCCGUUGCGCUGAUUUCAUCCGAGAUUUAUGUAAAUGGGUGUGUGCAUUGGCUAGCUUCGAGGGUUUCGGAUUAUUUGUUAGUAACCGCUGCUUUUGAUUUGGGGGAUGAGAAGUUUCGGGAGGUGGCAGCCCCUAGUUCGCUUGAUAAAGAUAAGUUUGUGUAUAAUAAACUUUUGGUUCUUGGAGGGUGUCUUUGUAUGCUCGAUCGAAACCAGACUGAUCUUUGGGUGAUGAAAGAGUAUGGUGUGGAGGAGUCUUGGACCAAAUAUAUGAUCUGUGUACCUGAUGCAUGUGAAAUUACACCCUUGUGCUUAUGGGGAGAUGAGGUAGUUUUGCUGGAUUUGGAUGGAGAGAGAUUAAAUGUGUACAAUUUGAAGGAAGAAACAUCAAGGAAUUUGGUGGUUCUUGGUGCUCCCAAUAAGUUUGAAUAUGGGGAAAGUUUUGUGGAAAGCCUUGUCUCGCCCGAUCGCGGCAAUGAGAUAAGAGGGGUUGAAUGAAGUUUGAGGAUUGAGCAGUGUAUGAGAUAGGUAGAACGAUGAAUGUGCUUGUUUGUUAUUUAAUUUUUUGUGAAUUAAUCUAUGUGAUUUGUCAUUAUGCUUUAGAGUUUGUAGAAUUUGCAAAACCAUGUGUAUGAAACAGAGGAUGGUAGCUGCGUAUUAAUCUAUAUCAAGGAGCAUCAGGUUGGCUUUGAAGCAUUUGUAUGUUACUGGCAUUUUGUGUUGGGUUUCUUUUGUGAGUC